AUGCUACCUAAGUCACUAACUAUGAUUGCAACAAUAAUUGUUGUUCUUGCACAAACACUUGUCGGGGUGAGUUCACUUCCUGAAGCUGAUAAAAUCAGCACUUUGCCGGGUCAGCCACAGGUCAAUUUUCAGCAAUAUUCUGGUUACAUUACAGUGGAUGAGCAGCAACAAAGAGCUUUGUUUUACUACUUUGUUGAAGCUGAAGAAGACCCUGCUUCCAAGCCAUUAGUCCUAUGGUUGAAUGGAGGGCCUGGUUGUUCUUCUGUUGGAGUUGGAGCUUUUGUUGAGCAUGGCCCUUUCAAACCGGGUGACAGCAAUGUUCUUGUGAAAAAUGAUUAUAGUUGGAACAAAGAGGCAAAUAUGUUAUACUUGGAAUCACCGGCCGGUGUUGGAUUCUCUUACUCUGGCAAUGAAUCUUUCUAUGCUUUAGUGGAUGAUGAUAUUACAGCGAGGGAUAAUCUUGUUUUCCUACAGCGUUGGUUCACUGAAUUCCCUGAGUAUUCAAAUAACGACUUCUAUAUUACAGGGGAGAGUUAUGCAGGCCACUAUGUUCCACAGCUUGCACAACUUAUUGUUCAAACCAAGACCAACUUCAGUCUCAAGGGGAUAGCACUAGGAAACCCUCUUCUGGAUUUUGAUACUGAUUUGAACUCUAAAGCUGAAUUCCUUUGGUCUCAUGGACUGAUAUCAGAUUCAACUUACAACGCCUUCACUACAAUCUGCAACUAUUCCACAUAUGUGAGACAAUACCAAAAUGGGAAUCUUAAUAGUAUUUGUGUAACAAUAGCUAAUCAAGUGCUUAAUGAGAUUAGCAAAUAUAUCAAUGUGUAUGAUGUCACUCUUGAUGUCUGUUUGUCAUCAGCAAAUCAACAGGCUUAUGUGUUGCAUCAAGUGCAAGAGACACAGAAUAUAGAUGUUUGUGUGGAUGAUAAAACGUUCAUAUACUUAAAUAGAAAAGAAGUGCAAGAAGCUCUCCAUGCUAAGCUUGUUGGAGUCUCCCAUUGGACAGCUUGCAGCACAGUUCUUCAUUAUGACUAUAAGAAUGAACAGAUACCAACAAUUCCUCUUUUAGAGUCACUUGUUAAGUCUGGGAUCAGGGUCCUAGUAUACAGUGGAGAUCAAGAUUCAGUCAUUCCAUUAACCGGUUCGCGAUCUCUGGUGGAUGAUUUGGCCAAGGAAAUUGGACUGAAUACAACAGUAGCCUACAGAGUCUGGUUUGAGGAAAAACAGGUAGCAGGAUGGACCCAAGCAUAUGGGGACAUCUUAUCAUAUGCCACCAUAAGAGGAGCAGCUCAUGAAGCUCCCUUCACUCAGCCAGGGAGAUCACUCGUGUUACUUAAAGCAUUUUUGGAAGGAAGGCCAUUGCCAAGUAUUGAGUAA